UCAAUACUGUUUUCUCCACCUUAGUUGAUGCUUCGUCUUUUGUUUUUCUCUGCUUCCUUGACUGACUAGGAAGUUACGCAGAAGGCGUGACCUAUUCAUCUUCUUCUUCUUCUGUUCUCAAGCCUUAGGAGUUUGGACCCCCACCCAACAAUCGGGAUCCUCUCCAUUCUUAACGGGUUUCUCCUACUUUCCUUCCAGAUUUUCCAACAAUGAAGGAACCGUAUAAAGUUAGUGCUUGCUGUCAUUCAGAUUUCUAUCUUUCUGAUUUUUUUUUUUGUCACCCAGUUUCUUUUUUAUAUUCGUUUCGAUGAAUUUUGCAUGUUUUAAUUCUCUCUUCAGUUCAAAAGGCUUCUUUUUUCUGUUUUUGUUAGCUUACAAGUUACAAUUUGCCUGACGACGAUUGAAUCCUCUGUUGCGGCGACGGUGGAUUUUUAAAUGGAUUCUGAAGUUUUCUAUUUCACAGUUAUGGAAGGGUCAUUGAGUUUCGAGUUUACAAAUUACAAUGGCUUUACAUUGAUUAAAUUUUUUGUUUAGAGAGGGGGUUAGAGUGUGAGUGUUAUGGCUUCUUCUCAGAGCAAUUGUCACUCCGAAUCAGAAAAAAUCGAGCAGAUAAUUAACGAGUUCUUCACAAAGAGUCUCCACAUAAUACUGGAGUCAAGGUCUCCUUCUAUUUCCUCCCGGUAUUGCAGUGGUAAGCAGGCUCUCUUGUCACCAUCUUCGUCUCCGUCUUCAUCUUCAACUGUCAAGCCCAGAGAUAAAUGGUUCAACUUAGCACUCCGGGCUUGCCCGUCGGCUUUAGAGAACAUUGACCUCCGGCGCCAGAGCAAUCUGGAACCAAUGGUGGUCGAUGUGAUUCUCGUCCAGAGACCGAUGGGCUGGGAUCCUAUUCGAUGUUCCCCAAUGAGGUGUCUGACGAGGAACCACUCUUUCAAAGAGCGGCUUCCGUAUUGUCGGAAUCCUGGGCAGGAAGAAUUUGGGUCGGAAGGGAAGAGAGAAAGAAUCAUAGAGAGGUGGAUCGUGCAGUACGAGAGUCGGAUGAAUAAGGAUUCAAGUGCAUGGAGCAAGAGGGCGGGUAGUACUAGCACUCAUUCGUUGUAUAAGAAAUCCAUUAUAUUGUUAAGGUCUUUAUAUCUGACUCUGAGGCUAUUACCUGCAUACAAACUCUUCAAAGAACUCAGUUCUUCAGGCCAAUUUCACACAUUUAGCCUUGAACAAAGUGUUCGUUCAUUUGUUGAGCCUUUUACACGAACAGAGGAGGCCGAUAUGCAGCAACUUGGGUUCAUGCCAAUAGAUACUAAUGGUGGCAGGCUUUGUACUUCUGUGCUGUAUUAUCCAACACUGUUGGAUAUUAACUCUGAACCCUCAAUCCCAAUUUCCCCAAAGCUCAUACCAGAUUAUGUGGGGAACCCAACAACAAAUCCUCUUAAAAGGUUUUCUUCUCUUCCUUCGGCAGGAUUGGUGUCUCAAGGUUCGCCUUCUUCCUCUCCAUGUUCUAGGAGGCACAGUUGGAGUUGUGAUCAUUAUGGAGCCUCUGCAUCUUCAUUGUUGCCCUCACCAACAAACUCUGGUUCUUGUGUUAUUCCUUCUGGUGUGAGUACCAAUCACCAUCAACCUGCAAACCCAUCACAUCAUUCGAGCAAUACAAGUUUGGUGGUUCAUAAGAAGAACAGAAGUUUCAAAGAGUAUUUGUCAUCAUCUACAUUGUCUCUCUCCCCUCCAUCUCCACCAACCAAUGUACCUGAUGUUUAUCAAUUAAAGGCUCUUUUGCCCCGUGAAAGUGCUCCAGCCGGCGUACCUGCAGUUAAGAUUGUUGAAAACACAUUAUCCGACAGUCAUAUGUUGCCUCUAUCUCCUUCCUCAAAAGGCACAAUGCCUGGUUGCUCACAGAUUGAUAAUGUUAAAACUCCAGUGAGGUCUGGAGAUAUUCAGACAUGCAUAACAGCUCUGAAGAAGGUCUAUUCUGGGAGAUCCAGCAGAUUGUCUUUCCAGGAUGAGUUCAAUGGUUCUGAUUUUUCCUGUCCAUUUGCUGUUGAUGAUAAUGAUAAUGCUAUAAUGGGUCCACAUACCAGAUCUGAGUCUUUUGAUGGAAAAAGGCUUCUUAGUGAGCUGCUUGAGCCUGGUGAACUCCCAAUCAGGAAGUCCCAAGAGGCUAUUUUAGGUUCUCUUGUAAACAUGCUAAAGACAGCACCAUCUCUCCAUCGUCAUCCUACCUCAUUCAAGUUGCAACAUGUCCCCAAGCCUCAAAACCAGAGAAAAAGCACCAGGAAUGCCAAGGAGACCUCAAACUUGGAAGUUAGAGAGGUUCAGAAUGCUGCCUCCUGUCCAGGUUUCACUCCAUCUAGGCUUCUUGUAUCCAAGACAGCUGCUGAUGCAUUGAAAGAGCUUCAGAGUUAUAGAGAGAUCAAAGAAUUGCUGCUUAGACAAGGUAUCAGGUCCCUGACAUUGGCCAAUGAUGCUCCUGGUGCACAACCUGUGAGCAGAGGCGCAAAGGGAUUCUGAGCUUUUCUUGCCAUUGAAACCCUGUAAUUAUGCAUGGUGUUCUGUUUCAGAUGUUCUUGCAGGCACACCAAAUGGCAGAUAAUCUUUUCUCCAUAUAAUUUUUGCCUUUUCUGCAUAUAAUUAAAAAUGUAUAGUCAUGCAUACAGCGGAGCUCAUGUCCAAUUUGUUAAUUUUUUUAUUACCUAUUAUGUAAAGCACUUCUCAUAGUUGAUGGUUUAAUCACAACUCA